AUGGAAGUAGUAGGGGAUUGUUUUUUCACCAGCCGCGCUCACGUUCGUUUUUAUGGUAUGUUCAUAAAAAUUUUAUUCAAUUUAAUAAAUUUCUCACUUUCCGGCAGUUUUAAUGUUUUUGUGGCGGAAAAAGUUCUAUCGUAAGUUUAAAAAUUUUUCGAAUCGUUGUAAUUUUUUCACUUGUCAGCUUACCCGCCUGAAAAAAUCAGAACAGAAUUUUUUUAUGAAAUCAGUCCAAGUUGUAAUUUUAAGAAAAUUGAACCGUCUUUGUGAGGUUUUGGUUAAAUUGACAAAAAAACAAUUGAAAGAUGAUGCUCGAGGUUUCUUUUGUUCUAUGUAUCAAAAAGUGCCAUUGUGUUAUAUUCAUUGCAUUGAAAUAGGUUUUCAGGCUUCUCCGCUAAUCCGCCAAUAAGCAGAAAUUUUUUUUGAAUAAACUGAGUAAAUUUCGUCAUAACUUAUCCUUCCCAAAAUAUAAAAAAAACCUGAGCCUCGAUUUUUCGCGACUUGAAUCAACAGAUUGAAUCGCUCUAUGAAUAGAAAUAUGGAUGAAGGAAGCUAAAAUGACGUUAGGAAAUUUCUAAAUGACUAGCAGACUUUAUCGUUGCGAUGAAGUUCCUUUCUGCCUAUAUUUAUGCAGAUUUGACUCAAAACGGUUUCGCGCGGUGUCAUAGGGCAGCACUAGAACCAGCUGAUCAAUUUCUAGUAUCUAUGAUCUCAUUCAUCCGCAAUGCAACGGGGACGCUUACCUAUUUGGAAAGACUUCACUCCGAGAUUUAUCACAGUGAAGAAUCUCCCACAAACGGUAGACUCCGGAGCAGAAGAGCAUCGGAGCAGCGGCGGCUCAAGCUCCGCCUCCAGCGGCUCUCGGCGGGAUUUGCCGGCGCCAGUAGCGGCUUUUCGAGUCCCUUGUGUUCUCUCCCUUGGCAUCCAUCCCCGCUGCCCAUAUCUGGCCAUAUGCAUAACAUAA